UUAUCCACUCUGUCAGCUGUCAGUGCGGUCUUUGACACUUAAUAUGGCGACCAGUUCAAAUCGCGUACCAACCCGUUGUCUAGCACACUUUGAAGGCAGAGGGGCAAGUUGCGUAUUUUACGAACUAGCUGUAAAUUCAUCCAAAGAGCCUUCCACCAUUUUCCUAGAGUUCAAAGAGGAGUGAAGUCGUGAAGCUGCUCGGCUUUGUGCUAUUUCGCUACGCGCAAACAUGUGUGCGGCGUUGCAUGCAGAAGUCAUUCAACCUGAAAAUAAAAUCGAUGCAUCGUUCUGGCUGCCGCCGCGUUGUGCAAAUCUGGUUUCGAUGGUGGUAGUACGUGUGUACGGCACUGUGAAAGAAUUAUUACGAAAAUUGUAUAAAAGUUAACCAAAAUAGAAGAAUGGGCCCCGAAUUAUGAGUAUGUGUCGUGGGAACAAAAAGUGCGAUUAAAUUCAUGUUCCCCAUUCACCUGUGCCUGCAAUUAGUGCUCCCCACCGUCAGUGCAUUCCAUACGCGUACGCGACGUUCGUGUGUGUGAGUGAGUGUUUGUAGAGGUGCAUGGGUUUCUUCAUAUGCCGCCGUGCUGUGUUUAUUACAAAGAAAGUGAAGCGUUGUGAAUCGUUCGUUACAGGAAAGGUUUGUAACGUGCAAGAAGCAGAAAAUUCUGUGCUGACCAACAAAUUCUGCCUACUACCUACCGCGCGGCAUUUCUUCGCCCUUUCCUGUGUGUGUGGUCAGCAACAUUCACUCGAUGCGAGAAGAAGGCACAGUCGGCGGUUAGGGAGGAGCGCUAAAUAGCUAACUGUAAGGGCCGGUUUUUCAUUUGUUUCGUCGUCGUCGUCGUCGUCACCAACACCAGUGUGCAUCGCCACGAGAAGCGUCAUUCGCGGCACGCACGGAAGAAAGAAUAGAACGGACGAGCAUAUGAAGCGGCGGAAAAUAUGUAACUCGUCCAUCGUCCUCACAUACGGAGCACAGUGGCAAAUUAGCGAUCCGUUUUCCGAUUUGGGUUUUGCUGAAACGAUUUGUGACAGUUUCAUCCAUCCUUUGGCGAACAAGUAAUUAAACGCAACUACAAAGAGGGAGUUCGUUGCUUAGCAACCUAGUGUAGAGCAGGUGGUAGGACGGUGAAAACACUACACUUCUUGCUAAUGACGGCAGCGGCAGUGUCCUCAUCCGUAAAGACAGCAACACCACCACCACUGCGAGCGUCUCGAUGGGCACGAUGAUGGAAACGGAAUCGGUCAAGUCGGAACCGGGAAGCAAAAGCAGACGAUCGCGUACAUCUCAAAACCACCAGCAGCAGCAGCAGACUCAGCAACACCACAGCACACUUGGAUCGCAUCGAACGCGUCAUUCGCAUCGCAGCAGCAGCAACAACCAUUCGCGCAGCGGCAACAACCCAAAGCGUCCCGAUAUGGCCCCGUUCCAAACCAGUGUCAACCUGGGCGACGAUGGUCGGGAUGGGCAGGAAAUCAUUGAGGUAUCGAUCCUGCCGCAGGAUGAAACGUGGGGCGACAACACGACCGCGAUCACGGGCAAUACCUCCGAGCAGAGCAUUUCGAUGGAGGACGUAAGCUACUUCCAGAUGUCGGACGAUCGGGGUGUAGGGUUUGCCUGUCAACGCUACCUGGAACGCGGGCUGGCCGUGUUGCUGUGUGCGGUCGCUUUCGUAAGCCCACUGGCCAUGGUCGUCCUUCCGCGGCUUGGCUUCUUCCCGUCCGCCUUCGACAGCUUAGACCUCACGCAGAACGAACGAUUGCGGCUGGUGGCGUGUAAUGCCGAGUGCAAGGGAAUGCUUGUUUCGCUGGCCGCCCGGCUUUUACUGCUGGCGAUCGGACUGUGGGCACUGUUUCUGCGCCAGCCGCUUGCCAUUAUGCCGCGUAUCUAUCUGUUCCGUUCGUGCGCACUGCUGCUCGUGCUGAUCUCCUCCUUUGCGUACUGGCUGUUCUACAUCGUGCAGGUGACCGAGGGUGCCCGCGCGAUCGUGUCCGGAUCCUCUGUCGUCGAUUACAAAACGCUGGUCGGGUAUGCUACCAGCUACUGCGAUACGCUGCUGUUUGUACAUUAUGUGGCGGUGGUGCUGCUCGAGAUUCGACACCUGCAGCCACUGUACCACGUGAAGGUGAUUCGCAGUCCGGAUGGCGAAUCGCACAGCUACAGUAUCGGACAGCUUAGCAUCCAGCGGGCGGCCGUGUGGGUGCUGCAACGAUACUACACCGAGUUUAGCAUCUACAACCCGUAUCUCGAGCGGUUACCGGUGUCGAAAGCGCAGCGUAAGGCGGCCGCCGUCUCUUCCUUCAAGUACUACGAUGUGGACGGUGCCACACCAGCACAACAACAGAGCCAAUCGCGCGCUGUCCUCGCGGCUCAUGCUCGGCGACGUGAUUCUUCCCACAAUGAGCGAUUCUACGAGGAGCACGAGUACGAACGGCGGGUGAAGAAGCGACGUGCCCGGCUGGUCACCGCUGCCGAGGAAGCUUUCACGCACAUCAAGCGUAUGCAGCAACCGUCCGCACCGCAGCAGCACGAGCAGCAAGGCGAUGGCGGAAGUACGGUCCCGCCCGCCAUUCCCCUCGACCCGCAGGAAGCGGCCCAAGCAAUCUUUCCUUCGAUGGCACGGGCGUUGCAAAAGUACCUGCGCGUUACGCGCCAACAACCGCGCCACACAGUCGAAUCGAUCCUGAAGCAUCUGGCGCACUGUCUCAAGCACGACAUGUCACCGCGUGCCUUCCUGGAACCGUACCUCGUCGAAGCGCCUGUACUGCAGAACGACAAGGAGCGGCGCACCAACCACAACUGGUCGCUAAUCUGUGACGAGCUGCUGUCCCGACCACUCUCCGACGGCUGCACGUUCCAGCUGAUCCAGAACGAUGUGUCGCUGACGGUGUCGAUACACCGGAUACCGCACUUUACCGUCAGCGAGGAGGUGGUCGAUCCGAAGUCGAACAAGUUCGUGCUAAAGCUCAACUCUGAGACGAGCGUGUGACCGGUGGCGACCGAGGCAAGCAGGUCCGGAAAGCUGAAAAGUGGGGAGCAACGGCGGACCGAAAUUUUGCACCAACUAAACCAUCUACUCAUCACCGGCAAGCGCCGGAACCGGAAGAUUCAGGACCGGUUAGUGUGAACGCCCGAGGUAUGCGAACAUCACAUGCGAUUCCCUCUUUACGUGAUAAGAACUUAGGUAGGUUAGUUCAGGCGGUUGGCCAAGUCCCUUUCGCUGCUUGUGCACGUGCAUCAUACAGCCGGUUCAAUGUGAGUCACUCGCCAAAGAGUAAUAGGAAGUAGCGCACCGGAGGACGAACGAAUGAAUCCGGAAGCCCAGUAUUUGGUUGGAAACAGAGACCACAUAUCCAACGCCCGCGAUUAGGUUUAAACGGCACGCCGCUAUUUAAUUGCUAUCCCGCUUUUACCUCCUGCACACACACACACACGCACACACACAGAAACAAAAUUCAGAUGAAAAGAGAAGACCCCCCGAAGGGAUACGGUCCGCGCCACCCAGGGUGGUGGGCUAAUGACGAAAAUGGUGGCCUGCCUUUGUCGUCGUUGGCGCUGGGCUUACACAUUGAAUGAAGACUCACACAAUCUCUGGGAGGCGCAAUUUUGCUUCGGCCGGGGAACUGUAUUAAAACAAAGACCCGAUUGAUUAGGUCCGGGCGAAUAGACUCCUCCGGACGAGUUUCUGUGCCUGUAUCCCAAAGUUUAAUUUGUUUUUGAUCACAACGAGAUCGGGAUUUUAUCUGUUUUCACCCCCUCGUCAGCGAAUGGGUAAUGGAGCGGCCACGUCACUUUGUGUUGUUGUUGGUGCUUAUUCGAAAACAAUCGAGUUCCUUGCACUCGUCUUUAGCCGUUAAAACGUUAUCCCACUUUUCCGACACUCUAAUUGCUUGAAUCUCGGAAACGCACGCUGCACAUCGUUCCGUUCCCACGUAUAUUCCAAAGAGAAUCGCUUUUCAGUCAACUCCGAACGAAACUGUAGCCACGCGCAGGUGUUUCUUGACGAUCAUUUUGCAGAACGGCAAUGGGAGGUUUUUGAUGGAUGUUCUCGUCCGUUUUUGGAGAGGGUUUAUCGUAUCGAACAAAUGACAACCGGAACGAAUCGCAUUUGUUGCCACCGUUCGUCUUCCUUACACUCACGAUCACCCGCGCGGACUAGCAUCGGGUGCAUGAAUCGAGAUCGUGUUAAAGGAAGCAGCUUGAAUCGAGUCAAUCCGAUACGAGUCUACUUUUCCUACGAUCAAUCGAGUGUGGAAAAUUGCAUUCCGCGGGUAUCCUCUCUCUCUAUCUCCCUCUCUCUCCCUCCCUCUCUCUCUCUCUCUCUCUCUCUCUCUCUCUCUCUCUCUCUCUCUCUCUCUCUCUCGCUCUUCCAUCAAUCUUCGUAUCGAAAUGCAAGAUUGUGAGAUGUUUUGUUACUGUAGAGAAUCAGGAAUUUGUGCACAGUGUAGAAGUCUGUUCUGUGCCGUCCAACGCCUAAAGGUAUGCAAUAUGGAUUGGUGUCAAGGUUUAUCUUCUUCUUCCCCUGCCAUUUCUGGCUCACUAGACGACUUAUUGUUAUCGCAAAGUUGGAUAGUCAUUCCUCACCUAUAGGGAAGCAGCCCAGCUGGGAUUUGAACCCCGGUCCUGCCGUGUGAAGACCGGCGGCGCUGUUGCCUCGGCCACCGGACCGUACCAACUAGAUUUAUCUAUUCUCCGUAGAUAGUGAAAUUUUGCUUCGUUUAAGCAGAAUACUUUUGUCAAGUAUUCCCACCCGAAGCUUAGUUCUAUUCGAAAUUAGUGAUGCAAAUCAUGAUCCUAGUAGAAGGCCCCAUUGUUUUUGUGUCCAACGUGUUGCACACGCAUUAAUAUGUAACGCUCGUUGAAACGACAUUCCCUGUUUUGUCAUGUUGGACAAUAUAGUUAAGUUCGGGUUGAAACGAUGUGAUGUCUCUGGCCCAGCGAUGUCGUCAGUAUGCAAGAAAACAUUGGAAAGAUAGAGCUUCAGAGGAUACAGCUAGCACGACGCGCCGCUUCUUUUUUAACCGACAGUGGUAGCGAAAAAAAAAUAACAUGUGGACCUGUAAGAUCAAAGCAAAAAUCCCGCGCAAUCGCGAAUCAAAUUUCGUUCCGUGGUUUUGAGCUUCCACACUACCAUGGCCGGGGAGGAUCAUUAAUGGCGUCUGUAGAGGGUGAAUAAAUUGGUCCGGGGUGGUCACUCGAUGAAGAUAACCAUUCCGAAGUGUUGCCGCAAAGCAUAAGGGAGAGAGACAGAGCGCUGAAAACUAUUAGCCGGAUUUGCAUAUCAUUUACUAAUCAAAUCAUAAUCCUACCAGCUAAUAUUCGUGCGGUACCGGGGUUUCUCCCGGUGGCGUGCGCACUAGGUCUGCUUAUGGGAAGCAAUUUUAUCGCGUUCGUUGAGUGUUUCACGGUGGAAUACUGUUUCAGUUCUCAUUUGGUUACGUUUUUCCUCGUUGCCUGGGAAAAGGGUGGCGGUCAACCAUAAAAACAACCAGACCAGUACGCAGCGAGAGAUAUUAAUAUCAGCAGUCCUGUCGAGACAACUAGUGCAAUUAAUUUCUAAGCAUAAGAAGAAAGUUAUCAUUAAUCUGUAAGCACACUUUCAACCAUGUGCUCACUUUCUAUACCUGUUCUGCCCGAGAAGGCUGUAUAAGAUUGGAUGAAAACUGUGAUCGUAGCUAUUGCGUUUAAAUUUGUAUGCAGAAAAUGAUCUUCCUUCAACAUCGGCACCAGCUCCUUCAACAUGUAUUCAAUCAAAGAAAUAUGAACAUUAAAUUUAAUCCAGACCUUUGAUCACCUUUACCCUCAUCCUCUCUCUCUCCCUCGCUCGCCGAUGCGUUACUAUGUGUGUGAACCAGCCGACCGACCUCCGGGCAGGUUAAUUUGAUGAUCCCGGGCACAUCCAGUGAUUUGGUUUUGUGGUUUUUGUUCGUUUUAUAUUCUCCAUUAGCUUUUUCAUACCUUAAGCCUUCAAUUUGUGCUGUUCAGUGACACUUGGAAGGUUUCUUUUCGACCCCUUUUCCUUGAAUUUGAAUCAUUUUGAGCAUAGGUAUCGGCAUCUGAUCUGUGCUACACACCCCGGAAGCUAUCUAAGAGCAGAUUUUCAACCGAUUAUAGGUAUUUUGAUUGUUCCCUUUGCUUUGGUGGAGUUGGUGGACUAUUUGUGAUCAGGAGGAACAGUUCUUUUAUGUGGGUACUACACACCGUAUGCAAUGUAGGAUUGAUAUUUGAAGAGCCGCUUUUUCGGUAAUUCCAAAUGUUUUCUCAUUGGAUAACUUGGAUAAGUUGGAUGUUAAUUUAGGCUUAAAUAUGCUGGACAACCUACCUGUUCAAGUCCGUACUGUUCAAGUUUAUUAUUGCUGGAUCUAUUACAUUUGGUUCUGUGGACUUGCCUUAAAUAUCAAACUUUAGUUCAAUAUUCGAUUCUAGCAACUCGCGCAAGUAUCACUACAGAAGCACCCUUAAAAAACCCAUGUCGAACACCGCAUCCCUUAUCAAUUUUCGUACCUUUUUGUGCGUUUCUGGCUACCUGGGACUUGCCUGCCUACCGAGCCCAUCUCGCUUCACCAAUUGUGCAAUCGAUCGACCCGUCGAACGACCACAGAUGGCAAACAGAAUCAUCCACCUCGAAUCAGACGAAAAGCUAUCUUCCCAAAAGAGGCAAUAUUCGGUGGUGCGGCUGUGUUGGCUGCUUCUGGUGCUCUUCCCCAUUUCCACACCAUCCGGCGGUGCAGUUUUGUUCUACCGCGCAAUGCGGUGGACGCCUAUGAGACCUGGGUUUUAUGGACAGUCGUGACUUUUAUGACCAAUACGUCGAUAGCGUGCCUGAAUCCGGUGGGGAUUGUAAUUUUGUUUAAUUUUUCCAUUGUUGUUCCCUUUGCUUUUCAUCUUCCCUCGGGUUCGGUCGGUACCGUGGGCAACCCCAGCCCGGGUGGGAAAUCGCUUCUUUGAUAUUGGAUUUUUAACACCAGCAAUGGUGGAGUGAGAUGGAAAAUUUGAUGCGUACAAUCGAGCAUAGAGCGAAUCUUUUCUUUUCACGGGGUAAGACUGCCGACUUUCUGAGCUCACGACUCUCGAACGCACGCACGCUACUUGUUGGUGCUUGUUGAAAUACGUUUAGGAAGGAACACAUAAGGGCGCAAAGUCGCUUCGGCAGUUUUAGUGUGGACAAGCUCCCAUGAACAGGUAGGUGUUGCCCUCGAUCAGCCCAUAUAUCGCAUCCGUCCCAUCGAAGGUCAAUCAGUCCGCUUUCGUCGGGAACCCCGAGGCGGCCCUUUUGUGCGUCUCAUCCCUCUUUACCGGACCUUUUUGCCGGUUUGAUGUAGACCGGCACUGGAGGCAUGGCGUGUGUUGUGUGUGGACGGACUGCUGUUGUCUUCAGAACCAUCCGAUAACGAUGAGUCACACGGAAGUUACAUUGAGCCCGAUAGCCUUUCGCCCUUUUCCACAAACCACACCUGAAGCGGGGGAAUGAAGGGGAGCAUACCUUUAUUUCAUUCACAUAGUUGUCGCUUCUUUUUGGCGCCCUCCAACAACGAUCGGAUCGCCCGAGUUGGUGGUGCAAGACGCGACAGGAUCUUCAAAAUUAAACCCCACUGUCCGGGGUGUUGCAGUACGAACGAACCCAUUGAGCCCACGGUAAUCCACAAACAAACUCUCCAACACCAGACCAACGGCAAUCAUUGGUUUUUCCUUUACCCCGAGAAAGGUGCUGGUGUGGGGGUUUUGUAUGUUUUCGGUUGAUUUGAAAAGUGGUGAAGAACGAGAGAAGGAGAAAAAAACGGCACACAAAGGUAAUCACAUAAGUGGCCCCUUCCGUCACGAUCCGCGGAUGACGACAACGACGGUGAACAAGAAGCCGAUUCGAUUGCUUGUUGUUGGUUCUUUUUUUUUUUUUUUGUUCUUUCGCCUUCAUUCAACACUCAAAAAACCCCAAAAAUGUGGCCUAACCAACAAACCAACCAACCUAGCCUGGGUGGAUGGACAAGAGGGUCCCACUCUCGAGGUUGCUGUGUAUGUGUGAUUAAACCUGGCGGAAGAAGGGUGAUGUUUUUCUUUCGACAACUUCCCCCGAUGACCGUUUACCUUUUUUCCCCGAUUGGUCAAAUUGCUCAAUAGUGGUUAGCUGGCUAGCUGGCUGGUGUGUACUUUGGUUUUGUGUGUUUUUUCUUCCUUUUCUCUACCUUGAAAUGAAUAAUUUGUGGAACCAUCAUUUUUGGAUGUUAAGGAACAGCAGUGUAAUAGUGUAACAGGGGACUGGAUGUGCUGUAAACGAUGGGAAAAAGGUCAAACCGAACAAAAGAGGGAUGAAUUUUCCAACCACAGCUGAACUGUUUAGCUCACAGUCAACUACGUCUUACUGGUCCCACCAAAUGUUUAAGGCAUGACUUGUGAGAAGUUUCGCCAAAUUUUGCUAAAAUUUCACAACAUCAAAUUCCAACGGAUGCCUCAUCAAGGGGUUUUUGAAAGAGAUUAAAUUACAAAAACAAUUCACAACGUGUGUGUUCUAUGUGUGUGUGUGUACGUAUGUGUGCAGGAUUAAUUGCCCUGAUAGAAUAAUUCAAUUGAUCGACCGAAUAACCAUGCAUCAUAAUGACCAAACCAACAAAAUAACCUACAUAUCCUUUUCCGUGGUUUUUUUCCGAUUCGCAUUUAUUCAGCAACUGAGUUGCAGUUUCUGGAGCGUGUUAAAGCACAACAAUUAAUUCCGAUUGUAAAAUCGUUUAUUUAUAAGCGUGCAGGUUUAUUUAAUGCUAGGUGUGUGUGUGUAUAUAUAUUUCAAAGCCAAGACCGCAAAUUCAAAGACAGCGAAACGAAACGGUCCGAAAAAAAUAAUGAUGUGAAGAUUAGGCGCCGCCACACAUUAGUUAGAGCGCCGGAAGAAAGGUGAAGUUCGCUGAUCGCGCUUCUUUCACAUUGACAAAACAACAUAAGCGGGAAUCACUGCACUACUACUGGUCGAUAGUGUUUUUCAGUGGCAAAAGAGUAUUAAAUUUAUUAAUUAAAAAGAAAAAAACAAAAGCAAAAUAACACACACUAUCAAAUCGACGAUGAACAACGGAAACAGCUAUAAUUAUCAACAGCGUGCUGUGCGUGUGUGAGUGUGAUUUUUUGCACAAUUUUCGUUUGACCCAGUAAAUAUCAAGCGAGUUUCUCCGGCAAACGGUACCCAGUGCGAUAGAAAUGAUGAUAUAAAAAAUGAAUUAAAUAAAUUCGCACAACAUGAACACUGGCAACCGCCCGAAAGCGUAUGACCCGGCCGUACGAUCAAUUGAUUGUUUUAUAACAAGCGUAUAAAAUGCCCUUUCAUUCAUGCAAUUUGCCCAUUUGUAGUGACUCGCCGGUUGCAUGCAAAGAACUGAACAGAAUAUACAGAGCUGACUGAGAGCCGAGUGUAGCGCAAAUAUUUUACAUUUCUAACAAAUCAGACACAUGCAACAAAAAUGUUAACGGGGCACAAAUAUUGUUUUUUUUUAGAUAAUAAUUAAUAGAUUAACAUAUGAAAGGCUGAGACAAUACGACACAGUUUAAUCACUGCCAGAACACAUACUCAGAAAUUCUCCCUAUAAACGAAACAUUCUUCAUGACUCUAAUGCGCAAUUAUAUCAACGAAAAUCUCGAAACACAACCAAUCAAUUAAUACAGCAGGAAACUGAAACGGCAUUUAUCUCUUACGCACAAAACUGUGGGUUGAAAUAGUUUAUUAGAAAAAUGACAAAGCAGCUGUUGGGAAUAAUGACGAAUGAUCGGGGCCGAAUCAUAUGGCUUGCUGAUGAAAGCUUAGUAAGAAGCAUCUGUUUUGACUAGUGUACUGGUGUGCGCGGGUUUGUGUGUGUGUGUGAUAAUCUGAGAGAAGUAUUUGAACUAACAAGCGUUUGCAAAACGGAGGAAGGCAGAGCAGUGCUUUAGAAAUAGAAUAAUUAUAGAAGGACAUUCUUUGCUUAUACAUGUAAGGUAAAGAAAGCAAACAUUUAAAGGCGCAUAUUGCCACCGACUGUGUAUUUGCUUGCUAUUUAAAUAAGCUAGGGAGAUAAGUAAUGCCGAGUACUUAACAACUUUUCGAACUGAAACUACUUUCUGUUUUCUUACAUACCAGUUACAUUUGGGUUAGAGUAAGGGUGGAAUAACCACAGAACCGACGCCGGACAGACGGACAGUCGGAAUCGGAAUGAUAAUUUAUUAAACGGAAAUCUCUAUCUACUACUGACAUUUAUAGUUUUAAGUUAAGGUAUGCUACUUAAGUAAUUCCUAGUUCACUAUUACGUGCAUAUGAACACUGUUUCGUUUAUCGAAUUUGUGUGCGGAUGCAACUGAGACAUGCAGCUCUCCUGACACCACGAUCAAUCAAUACUCCUUCAAUUCGUACUAUUUCUACUUUAGAAACAAUCGACUUUGCUACUGGUGGUGGUGGUGGUGGAAUGUGGUGCAUGGCGCUAGAAAAUGCUCAGUCCCACCCCCCCAAAACACAGCAGAGAACGAGCGAUCAGUAGCAUAAUGUUAAGGGUGUUCAUUUCUACAACAAAGAUCGAGUUAGUAGACCGAGUCAGAGCGAAAGAAUGGUGUUGUGUACACGUGCAGGAUAGGAAAGGGAACCGAAGUCAAUGAAACUGAAAAUAAACAAAACUGGAACUGAAGUUUUAAACAAUG